CAACAUUACUACGUACAAAACACAAAUUAAAUAUGGCCGACAAACCAAAACGUCCACUAUCUGCGUACAUGAUAUGGCUGAGCAGCGUACGCGAGUCCAUCAAGCGGGAGAAUCCUGGCAUUAAAGUUACUGAGGUGGCGAAGCGCGGUGGCGAACUCUGGCGCGGACUGCGGGACAAGUCUGAGUGGGAGGCAAAGGCAGCCAAGGCCAAGGAAGAUUACAAUCGUGCCAUGCAAGAGUUUAAGGCGAAUGGUGGCGACAACGCAGGCUACCGUGGUGGUGCCAGGAAGCGCGCAAAGCCAGCAAAGAACCCAGCAAAGAAACAAUCGAAAAGGAGCAAGAAGGAUGAGUCUGAUGACGAUGAGGUGGAUGAGAGCGACUAAAUUAACAACAGUGGACCUGUCAAUCGUCGUCAGAUGUUUUUCUCUACUCUAAAUUACACACCCAGCCGAUGUUUCUUGUUAAAAUUUUACUUGUGUAUUACACUUUUCGAUGAUAUAUUGAGGCAUUAUCGUCUCUACAUACAUAUGUCA